CAGGCGCCUAUUUCGGCGCCAGGUUUAAUUUUAAUGAACGUCCUGUUCCGGUGACAGCUGUGAAUGAACAUCUGCACCUAACAGUGGACGUGUACUUCACCAACGCUGAACGACUGUCCUCUACGGUGAUGGAGUACGGAAAGGAGAGAGUGGUGGCGUUAGUCGACAUGGACUGCUUUUACGUCCAGGUGGAGCAGAGGCUCAAUCCAGCUCUGAAGAACACGCCCUGUGUGGUGGCCCAGUACAAGACGUGGAAAGGAGGCAGUAUCAUAGCUGUGAGCUACGAGGCCAGGGCCCAUGGUGUCACCAGGAACAUGUGGGUGGACGAUGCGAAGAAACUGUGCCCAGAUCUCCAGGUAGCACGCGUGCGUGAGUCUCACGGCAAGGCAGAUCUGACACUUUACCGGGAGGCGAGUGUGGAGGUGAUUGAGGUGAUGUCUCGCUUUGCUGUGAUUGAGAGGGCAAGCAUUGAUGAGGCCUACAUGGAUCUGACUUCUGCGGUCCAGCAGCGGCUGAAAAACAUGACUGACACACAAACUGAGCCUCACCUCCUGAAGACGACCUACAUCCAGGGGUACCCACAAAGUUCACCUGAACAGGAAGCGUAUGCAGAGGAUGUUGCUAUUGAUAAAGAGGAACAGAGGUCCAGAGGUCUUCAGCAGUGGCUGGCAUCCUUACCUGUACCUCUAUUAGGGGAGCAGAGCUCUGCAGACCUGCAGCUAACUGUGGGGGCACUAAUUGUUGAGGAAAUGAGGGCGGCUGUGGAGAAGCACACAGGGUUCCGCUGUUCAGCAGGGAUAUCACACAACAAGGUAUUGGCCAAACUAGCCUGUGGUCUGAACAAACCCAACCGACAAACCGUUCUGCCUUUGGACUCUGUGGCAGAACUUUUCAGCUCUCUACCCAUCAGCAAGAUCCGUAACUUGGGCGGAAAGCUGGGUGCCUCCAUUACAGAAACUCUGGGAAUAGAGAACAUGGGCGAUCUGACUCGCUUCUCUCAGGCCCAACUGGGACAGCACUUUGGAGAAAAGACAGGCCAGUGGCUGUAUGACUUGUGUCGGGGGAUUGAGUUUGAAGCAGUGAAACCGAGACAGCUUCCUAAAUCCAUCGGCUGCAGUAAGAACUUCCCUGGGAAGACAUCCCUGGCUACAAAAGAGCAGGUACAGUAUUGGCUUCAUCAACUGGCCCUUGAGCUGGAGGAGAGGCUGACCAAGGACAGAGAAGUGAAUGGUCGAGUGGCCAAGUUGUUGACAGUAGGUGUACGUCAGCUUGGAGAUAAGAGGCCGAGCAGCUUCUCUCGCUGUUGUGCUUUAGUACGUUAUGAAGCGAGCAAACUAUCCAGUGACAGCUUUGCCAUCAUCAAGAGUCUCAACACAGCAGGGAACCACCAGGCAGCCUGGACUCCACCCCUCACCCUGCUACACCUCUCAGCUAGCAAGUUCAGUGAUGCUCCAUCAGCAGGGGGGAUUGCUGGCUUUCUUUCCAGUGAUGCCACAUCAACCCAGAGUGUUUUCUCAACCACUCAGUCCUCCACUAAGCCACCCUCUGAACUGAAAAAUGACUCCACAUGCAAACAACCUGGCACCAUCCAGUCCUUCUUUCAAAAGGCAGCUGAAAAACAAAGACAGAAGGUUACAAAAGAUGAGGAGGAUGACGACGUCGGCUCCACAGGAAUUCUCCCAUCUUCCUCCUCUGACAAGACCUCUGCUAUUGAUACUCAGUUAGAGACAGAUAACAACGGUCCUGUUUCCUCAUUUAAGGUUUCGUCUCACCCUAAAAACGGUUCAGUGAGCCCCCAUUCUGGCAUUUCCUCCUUCUUCCACAAGAAAACCCUUGAUAGAAGCUUCCAGGCCUCAGCGUCAACAUUGAACAAGCCUGAUGUGGGACUCAGACCUGGGCCUGUCAAUAGAGAAAACUCUGAAGACCCUGUGACCGAUGUGUCUGGCCUCCUGACAAAGCAUAGCUCAGAGUUUACAUCUGACCAGUUGCCAUGUGAAGAGUUAAGGGAUGAACUGGACAUCGAUCUAGAGGUAAACCACCACCCCUCCAGUGUGGCCAGAGAAGACCUGUUUAACUGUGAACGCUGUGGCCAGGAGGUGUUAGUCUGGGAAAUGCCUGAACACAAUGACUACCACUUUGCCCUGGACCUCCAGAAUUCACUCUCUUCAUCCACAAGUUCAGCAAACGCCUCUUCCUCUUCCACCGCCAUCUCUUCUUCUUCUUCUCUAACUCCUCACAAAGUAGGAACAGUAGGCAUGACCCAGUCCUCCCGGGGCAAGACAAAAACCAGAGGCCAGUCAGGACCCCAACCAAAAAGGCAUCGCUCCCAAGGUGGAAGCACAGGAACUCUGGAUUCUUUUUUCAAGAGGAGCUGAAGAUGUGCUGUAGGACUGCAUUUUCAAAAGAAUAAAAUACAAAUUUCUAAUAAUGUCGUAAUGAGAAAUGUUAUUGUGCCUUAUAAUAAUGUCUGCAAUUUACAAAAGUGUUAAUUUAUGUAAUUUGUCUCACAUGUGCUUUUUAUAAUAAAGAUAAAGGCAAUACUUUUAAGGAUUAAUUGUAGCAUAUAAUCAUUGUCAGAGUAUAUUUAAGAUACUGUUUACAUUUUGUAGCAGUGUCCAUUAUGUUACAGUAUUCUGCCAGCAGAUGCCACUAAUCAGCUGAGUAUAGAGCAGGAAUCCUCACCUGAGUGUCAGUUUGAAGUUUUCUUGUGAACUCAUACUGCAAAUGCUAGUCUUUUGAAAGAUAAGAGAGUAUAUAUAUGAAAUAUGAUUGCCAGGAGGAUGAGAGAAAUUGCACCAUUAUAAGAUGUGUCAUACUGUUUUGUUCACUUUUCUACCACGGUGACUGUGUUGUUCUGUGGUGCACCGAAAGACAGUUGAACUUACUCUUGCGUUGGCUUGCAUCAGCUGGGGAACAGAUAAGGAGGAGCACUAUCAGGAAAAUGAAACCGAGCCUUUUAAAACUCAUUUUUUUUAUGAGUCAUGACUGGUGACGUGGAGUCUAACAGACAAAACACCUGCUUAAGAGACCAUAAAAGUUUUAUUCAUGUACAUUAUACACAAAUGGAUCUGUACAUAAAUAUUGCAUUUCACCCCAAUAAUAAUCAAAUAACUACAAUUUCAAUUAAAAUGAAAACAGGUUGUGAUUUCAAAAGAAGUGAAGAUGUGUUGGUGUCAUUAAGAAGACUGUGAAAACAGUGAAAAACGUGUUUGAAUAAGUUGUAAAAUCCAGAACUACUAGAAACCUAUAAAAUACUUCUCAGAUGCAUUAAACCAAACACCUGAUAUAAGUCUUCAUAAAGGAUAUAUAAAAUUUUUUGGUUAAAAUGUGUUUUCCUUCUUUGAGUGCACACAAACUGCGCAACAACA